AUGCCAGCAAAGGUGGACGACGAGGUCCUGGGGGACAAGGACAUCAAGGUGCUCACGAUCAGCGAGGUCGCAUGCCUGAUUGACGAGUAUGUCAAGGGAACGCAGCAGCGAGACGCCGACUACCAGCCCAACCCCAUGCUGGUCAAGGCGGCAGAGUACGCCAGUCGCUUUGCCACCAACAAGAACAGGGACACGCUGCAGAAGAUUCGGGAGGUGAUUGCUCACAACCAGCUGUCAGAGCUGGAAUUGGGGUUGGUGGCCAACCUGUCGAUCGAGACGGCAGAUGAGGCACGCAAGCUGGUGCCUACGUUGGAUGACCGGGAUCGGUUUCCAGAUGAUGCCACGCUAGAUGCCCUGCUCAAGGAGUUGGCCACAUACAGAGAGUUCGAGUGA